AUGCCCAUCGUGGGACAGCAAUAUGCUAACGGCUUCCGUCCGUAUAGCUCCUUUCGACAGCAGCAGCAGCAGGGCGUUUCGAACGGUUUUACUCGACAGCAGCCCUGGCGCAGCAGCUACUGCAGCAGCAAUCGUCACAGAUUGCCAGACACACACUUGUCGCCACAUCAGCAGCAGCAACAACGGAACGUUAAACCAUUAACACCCAAACUAAUUAGGCGCAUUGAGAACACAUGUGCCAACAACGCAACCAGCUCUCGUUAUGGCAAACCUCGAGCACCAGCGCCACCUGCAAAUCAGCUGCUGCAAUCUAGGAAACAGAAUCCGGCAACGGGAACACAUCAAGCGCCGGCUGCUAAUCCUUCACAGAAACGCGCAUAUCAGGCCACAAAUGGCCGUUGCGCCAAGGAGAACUGUCCGGCGACGACGACAACGCGGAAUGCACAGCGCUCCAGCAAGAAUUAUCCAGCGCCGUUGCCGCCACAGCAGCAACAGCGUAAGCAACCCAAUGAUCUCAUAGCUGGGAAAGCCACACCGUUGGCGCAGCGACGACAGCUGCCGGCAACGCCCAAGCUUAGUCUCAGACAGCGUGCCGCGCCAGCUGAGGGCGGUGGCUCAUCGACGGGCUCGAGCGAUUCGCAUGAUUCGCCGAAAUUGAAGAAGGCCUUCUCCAAGAAGUUUCCACAAGGACUGCCCUUUGAGGAUGAGUUCUAUGGCCACCGCAAUCGAUCCUAUUCGCAAUCCUCAAGCAAUUACAGUUUCUACAGUUCGGUGGGUGCGCAAACCACAACACCCCACGACGAAGAUGACGAUGAGUUCCAGCGCAAACCGGCCACAGAUGAGGCCCUCUAUGUGGACUUCUCGAAGGUGGUGCACAGCCACAAGCAGCAGCGACAAUAUGUGCCGGCCAGCUCCUGGAUACGCGCCUCGCCCGAUCACAACGAGCUGUGCCAUCGAUCCCCCACUACUAGUCACAAUGGUGCUGCUCCACUCCACUCCACUCCAGCCCAGCAGCGACGCAAGAGCGCCAAAUAUGCGCGCUCCAUGCACGAGUACCUCUAUAGCGAUGAUGCGAAAAAUACAACGACAACGAUGACGAAGCAUCGACUCUCGGUGGUGGAUGAGCCCGAGGAUGGUUACUACAGCUAUGCGGCGGGCACACCCGAACCGCAAACGCCUCGAACGGACAUUUAUGUGGCCGCAGCAUCGUGGGCACCCAAGCCGCUCUAUCCCGACCGCGUAUUGUUGCCAGCUGCCGCUGACAGCAACAACAACUGCAGCAAUAACAAUAGCAAUCUCAGGCAUAGUAGACAUCAACAGCAGCAAACGCGACGUCGGUCCGAGCACUUGGGGUCCACGACGUGUGAGUAUAAGUAA